UAACAGGAAAGAAAACAUGUAGAGAAGCGUAAAAGAAAAAUCAUCACAAACCUUCAAGUCUUGCGCGUCCGCCAUUUUAGACCCAAUACUUUUUUCUUUUACCGGAAGUGCCUCGUUCUGGAGAUUAGUGCAAGGGCAAGAUGGCGACCGUCAGAGUUUUGAAACUAGGCGGGUGUUUUAACCGCCUUGCAUUAUCAACAAGAAGGUCGCCACUACUUAGUCAAUGUAGACUUUUAAUGCAAAAGAGUGAAGAACAGAAAAGAGAUAAUUUAAGUUUGGUGCCUUCUUGCCAGCAAAGUACAGUUCCGGCACCGGCACCAGCAAAACGUCAGACUGUAUCUCCCUUUCAGAACCCCGUUGAUAAAGUUGACUAUGUCCUUGCUAGAUUAGACGAUCUUUUGAAUUGGGGCCGAAAAUGUUCAUUGUGGCCUUUGACAUUUGGUUUGGCAUGUUGUGCUGUGGAGAUGAUGCAUAUAGCUGCCCCAAGAUAUGACAUGGAUCGUUUUGGAGUAGUUUUUCGAGCCAGUCCUCGUCAAGCAGAUGUGAUUAUAGUUGCUGGUACUCUCACAAAUAAAAUGGCUCCUGCCCUCAGAAAAGUUUACGAUCAGAUGCCAGAACCUCGCUGGGUAAUAUCAAUGGGGAGUUGUGCUAAUGGAGGUGGUUACUACCACUAUUCAUAUGCUGUUGUCCGUGGAUGUGAUCGAGUGAUACCUGUUGAUAUAUAUGUUCCAGGGUGUCCUCCAACGGCCGAAGCACUUCUCUAUGGUGUACUCCAACUUCAGAAAAAGAUAAAGCGAAUGAAUACAUUACAAAUGUGGUACAGAAAAUAGUGCAUUUGAUUAGAUUUUUUAUAGUUUUUUUUUUUUGUUUUUGUUUUUUUCAUCAUAGAUCUUGUUUUUGAGUAUUUAUUAUACUUUGACACAU